AUGGAUUAAAAAUUCCGGUUUUUUUCUUGAAAUAAAGCUGAGAUGAGCGGUAUUUCUGUGUAACUCUUCAACUGGACGUUUUAUUCUCUUUGCAUAUAUGUAGUUUGCCUUGAGAGGCGUACUCGGCGAUAAUCUCUCACACUUUAAACACAGAUUCUCAGUCUUAGCUUUCUCAACGGGAAGUUAACAUUUAUAAUAAGUUAUUCACCCCCAAAUUUGAUUUGGUUUUUUUUAUUUACAUAUUUCCUGAUAUUCUCCAGGGAAAUAUGAAAAUUAUAUUGCAGUUUUUAGUCACGGCUGCAAUUUUUUGGCAAAUUUGGAGUCAAGACAUUGCGUUUCCAAUUGAGGGUACAACGAACCACGUGAGCGGAAAUAUUGGAAAUCCCGGCGGACCAGUUUUAACUGAAAGGAUUCCGGUACAUUCGCCGGGACAGUGUCCGGAGAAUAUGUUACUUUAUCCUGGAGCAGGAAACAGCAGCACUUGGGUUUGUGACUGCAGAGUGAAUUAUGUCUAUUUUCCGGACACAGACAGUUGUCAUGAACUUUAUAAACGUGGUCCAUGUCUGCCAAAGCAAAUUGUUAUUCUUCCACGUGAGGAAGUAAUUCCAAAAUGCAUUGAUAAUGUAUGCAAAGAAGAAAAUCAGGUUCCAUUUAACGGCACUUGCAGUCAAAUUGGUAAAAUCGGUGGAAUUUGUGGAUCAAAAGGAAUGCUUAUGAUUAAUGAGACGACAUAUCAACUUGAGUGCAUUGAUUUGGGAGUUGAACAUUUUGUUAUAAUUAAUGCGCCUAUGAAAGUUUGUCCCCCGGGUAGCCGUCGAAAUUCCUCGGGACAUUGUAAAUAUGUCCUUUAGAGGAAAUUUUAUUAUUUUCUUACUUUAGUACAUAUUAUUAGAAUUUUAUUUUUAUCUUUCCGUUUGAAAUUAUAAAAUUUUACAAAGUGUCUAAGAGGCUGAAGUUUGGAUGAGACUGGAGUUGAUUAUACAUUAUUUUACUUUUAAGCACUUGCAAUACUGCACAUCUCUAGGAUUUAGAUUUUUUUAAAUCAUAUUCCAAUUUUUAUGUUAUUUUUUAUAGAAAAAUGAAAUUUUUACUACUUAAACUUUUAGACUAGAAAAGAAUUAAGAAGAUUAUGCUUUUAUAAGUCAUUUAAUUUAUUAAAUAAAAUUAUGAUGAAACUCUUUAUUUUUAAUAUAAUUCUAUUGACAAGCAAGGAUAUUUGCAUAGAAACGGAGUUAAGUUAAGUAAUUGAAGCGAUAAUUAGAAUUAAAUUUUUAGUAUAAAUAACUUUUUCACAAUACUCCUUUAGUAAUUUAUUCUUAGACAAUUUAAAUAAGAUUUUUCUUUAAGAAUGUGAAUUUAUAUAAACUUAAUAUUAUGAUUAUUUCGUACAAUAAAAUAUAUAUUGAAA